AUGAAGCUUUCAUCCAAUUUCGACCACGACGACGGCACUGUACGGAACCCAGCCGUUUACCAGCUGGCCAAGGAGUGCUGCACGUCCAUGGAACGAGACCGCUUCAUCUCACUUCGUCUUGUCCAGUGUCUGACCCUCAUCGCCGUAUACGAGCUGGGCCAUGCUAUUUUCCCCGAAGCGUACGCCACCAUCGGCCACGCCUCGAGGUUAGGUGGCAUGAUCGGACUUCACAACAAGACCCUUGCACAGCAGUUAUUCGUCACAGCAGACACUUGGACCUGCGGCGAAGAACAGCGCCGAACCUGGUAUGUCAAUAUCGGUACGCGAUACCUCCCUCCGUCUGUCCUUGAGCCCUGCCUGGACGCCCUCCUCCCUGUCAACGAUCAGGACUGGAACGAGGGCCGUAUCAGCGCCAGCGAGUCUCUCCUCACAACAUCGUUCCACUCGACUGCCAACCUGGGCAGCUUCGCGCGCACAUGCCAAGCCGCGCACAUCCUGAACAAGGUCCUCAAGCACCGCGACCACCGCACGCAUUCGGGCCAGGACACCGAGACGGUGCUGCACGAAGCGCUGGCCCUGCACGGUGCACUCGUUGCGCUGGAGGAGAGUCUCGCCCCGCACUGCGUUUUCCUCGGUGAUUCGCACAAUGACGAGAGCGCCGGGACGGUAGACUCGCCCUUGACGCAUCCGGGACCCGAGGUCGUCGUUACGGCCACGUCACCGGGGAUGGAGAACGCCCUUGCUCUGUCUCUGAGCGCUUCGGCACGCAUGGUGCUGUACAAGAUUUAUGGCCCUAAUGAGCCCAAGGCGGGAUAUGGAGGCGGACGCACAGCUCUCGAGACGCAGAUGCAACGCCUCUCGUUAGCUGGAACUCGGGAUCUCGUCUUGCGGCUAGGCUCGGGAUUAGCUGGCGGUGUCACCUGUGGGGGAGCCACGAGUCCGAUGCUGUCAUCUCUGUCAUACCAUGUUGCUAAACAGUGCGCAUGGCUCAUCAAGGAAGAUUACGACACGACGAUGUAUCAAGCGUUGCGGAAGCUGGUGGACAGUUUGCGUCAGCUUGCCACGGAGUGGCAAGUGGCUCAAGAGUACCUCGCCCUUUUAGGGAAGGGUGGUAUUCUUGGUAUGAUCCCAGAUGAAUGA